ACACAAAUUAGCCAGCUGAAACUCGAAAUCUGAAUAUUAUUGCCUUGCUGCUGUUCGUUUCUCAAUGGCCAUGGCCACAUCUAAAACAAGCAAUACGUCCAUUCCCUUCACCACUACUAUAAUGCUUCUUUUGGGGCUCCUGGUGGCGAACCUUGGUAUAACAGGUGUACAAUCCGUAGGUGUAUGUUAUGGAAUGCUGGGCAACAAUCUACCAUCCCACGCAGAAGUUAUAUCUCUUUACAAAUCAAACAACAUCAAACAAAUGAGAAUUUACGAUCCAAACCAAUCCGCUCUACAAGCUCUUCAAGGCUCCAACAUCGAGCUCAUGCUUGGUGUCCCAAACCAAGACCUUGAACGCCUCGCAACCAACCCUUCCGAAGCGCAAACAUGGGUACAAACAAAUGUCUUGAACUUCCGGCAAAGCGUGAGAUUCAAAUACAUUGCGGUUGGAAACGAAGUGAGCCCGGUUUAUGGAGACACUACUAGGCUGGCUCAAUUUGUCCUCCCCGCAAUGAAGAACAUAUACAACGCAAUCAGAUCAGCUGGCCUUCAAGACCAAAUCAAGGUCUCAACUGCCAUAGAGACUGGAUUGAUAGGCAACUCCUACCCUCCGUCACAAGGCGCUUUUCGCGGCGAUGUGAGAGCUUAUUUGGACCCAAUUAUAGGGUUCUUGGUUUAUGCCAAAUCACCACUACUUGCUAACAUCUAUACAUAUUUUAGUUAUAUUGGAAAUCCUAGAGAUAUUUCUCUUCCUUAUGCUUUGUUCACUUCACCGUCAGUUAUGGCAUGGGAUGGUGAUAAAGGGUACCAAAACCUGUUUGAUGCAAUGCUGGACGCUUUGUACUCUGCUGUUGAGAGAGCUGGAGGAGGAUCUUUGGAGGUUGUUGUGUCGGAAAGUGGGUGGCCUUCGGCAGGUGCGUUUGGGGCAUCAACGGAUAAUGCGAGGACUUAUUACUCGAAUUUGAUUCGGCAUGUGAAAGAGGGUACCCCAAAGAGACCUAAAAGAUCCAUAGAGACUUACUUGUUUGCCAUGUUUGAUGAGAAUAACAAACUAGGUGAAGAAACAGAGAGACACUUUGGGGUGUUCUUCCCAACUAAAGAGCCAAAGUAUAACCUCAAUUUCGAUACUUCCGCUGGGUAUAAUACUACAAAUACCCUUAACACUGACAUGUAAUUACCGUUGGUUUCUUUCGAUCCCCAAGUGCUGUUCUUAAAAAUUAAAAUAAGAGAAGUGAGCAGCAAACUCUUUAUUUUAUUUUAUUU